GGGCGCGCGCGGCGGGGGCGCGGCUCCGCGCUGGCAGCCGUUAGGCAGCGCGCGGCCGGUGGGCGGGGCAGCCGCUGAGGAGCGGGGCCCGAGAUGGCGCGGAACGGCCGGUCGCUCGGCAGGGUGCUGGUAGGAGGGCUUGCUGCCGCCCCGCCGCCGCCACCGCGCCCGGCCGCUGUCAGACACUUGGCUUCUUGUGGUAUUCUGAUGACCAGAAUUUCUCCUUCGCCUGUAAGGAGCCAUGCCUUUUCAAGAACCUUCUUCAACAUUGCUGCACCGCUAGUAAACAAAAGAAAAGAAUAUUCUGAAAGAAGAAUUAUCGGGUACUCUAUGCAGGAAAUGUAUGAAGUUGUGGCUGUUGUGGAGAAUUACAAACUAUUUGUUCCUUGGUGUAAAAGAUCAGAUGUAUUAACAAAGCGCUCUGGAUACUGCAAAGCACAGUUAGAAAUCGGAUUCCCUCCUGUCGUAGAGACGUAUACGUCGAUUGUUACCCUAGUGAGACCUCAUUUAGUUAAGGCAUCCUGCACUGAUGGGAAACUAUUUAAUCACUUGGAAACAGUGUGGCGUUUCAGCCCAGGUAUCCCUGGUUAUCCAAGGACAUGUACAUUGGAUUUUUCAGUUUCUUUUGAAUUUCGUUCACUUCUACACUCAAAACUUGCUACGCUAUUUUUUGAUGAAGUGAUAAAGCAGAUGGUAGCUGCUUUUGAAAGAAGAGCAUCCAAGCUCCACGGUCCAGAAACAAGCAUACCUCGGGAGCUAAUGCUCCAUGAAGUUCAUCAGACGUAAAGGGAACCGCAAGAACCUCCAUUACAAACUUGUCUGUACACUUCAUUUGUUCAAGAGGUGCUGCGCUCCUCCUUCGGGGCAUCUAUUUCAUACCUGAGCUUUGUGUGGGAUUUUAUACUGUACAAACCACACUGGUUCAGCCAGAUGUAUAUAGAAUGUUCAAGCCACGAUCAGGACAAACUUAAGGCCUUAUCAACAACAGACACUUGGCAGUUUCUAUAACACAAGGUGUCACAGGCUGCCAUUUAUUAACUUGUCAAACAGUUUGUGUAAUCACAGCCUAAGUUCUGCCUUACCUAAAGUUAUGGGAGGAUUUUUUUUCAGCUUUGUAACAUACUUGUUUGGGGAUUUAUUUUUUUUUCAGCUUUGUAAUAUAUGACCUCAAAUUUAAGUUAUUGUUAGCAUACGUGUAACUUAACAGCAUCAACUCAGCCACCUCUGCCCCAGUGAAGGGAAGUGCGCAUUCUGGGUCUGCAGAUCAUUAAACAGUCUGUCAACCAUGGAGUAGCAGGUGCUUGUCAGCCAAGGGAGAGACAAGGGUUAAGUCAGGAGUCUCCAGCUGCUGCUUAACUCUGAACAAUAACUGCUAUAGAAAGAACACCACAAUCUGAACACUCUUGAUUUUUCCAGUAAUUAAACAUUAAGGAGUACAUGUAAUGUGAGGGGUGCCAUAACUCAAGUGCAAUGAUUCCAGCGGUAGCCAGUGGGUUGUAGCUGUCUAGGCUUCAGCCACCACUGAACACAGUACAUUUGGCAGGUGGAACUUGCUGAACUGCAACUUUCACUGUCACACACUGCACUGGGGUUGGGAUAGAUACAUCUCAUAUAAUGUAAUCACUUCCCUGUUCCAACCCAACUUUAACCCAACUAGAUGAGCACUGCAGCUGUGAGAACUAGAGCAGAUACACAGUAGUCUGUACCACAGAGCUAUCCUCCCUGCACGGAAGGAACAAGAUGUCUUCCACUUACUGCAGAUAAGCAUGCCCAAGGCCAGUUGUCACUAUAAACCAUACAACAGGCCUAAAUCUUAGUUCUGUUUUUUUUCAGUACCAUACUAUUUAAUUAUCAGUCCAUUACAACAGUAAAAGCUGUCUUGAUUAAAAAAGAUGUAUCUUUAGCAGGUC